AAGAGGUAGUGAGCUGGUGUUUCAGGAUGUGAGGGCCCACAGGAGCGGAGCCCGGCUCUCUCCGCUGCCUGCCCUCCACCGUGCAAGCUCUGGCCGGCGCUGCCCACAGUCCACAUGGUGGGCACCCCCCAAGGCGGGGAACCGUGAACAGCGACGGCAUGCCAGGGAAGCCCAAGCACCUGGGCGUCCCCAACGGACGCAUGGUUCUGGCUGUCUCAGAUGGAGAGCUGAGCAGCACUGCGGGGCCCCAGGGCCAGGGCGAGGACCGCGGCAGCUCCCUCAGCAUCCACAGCCUCCCCAGUGGCCCCAGCAGCCCCUUCCCCAGCGAGGAGCAGCCUGUGGCCAGCUGGGGCCUGUCCUUCGAGCGGCUGCUGCAGGACCCGCUGGGCCUGGCUUACUUCACUGAGUUCUUGAAGAAGGAGUUCAGCGCCGAGAACGUGACCUUCUGGAAGGCUUGCGAGCGCUUCCAGCAGAUCCCGGCCAGCGACACCCAGCAGCUAGCUCAGGAGGCCCGCAACAUCUACCAGGAGUUCCUCUCCAGCCAGGCGCUGAGCCCCGUGAACAUCGACCGGCAGGCCUGGCUCGGCGAGGAAGUGCUGGCCGAGCCCCGGCCAGACAUGUUCCGUGCACAGCAGCUUCAGAUCUUCAACUUGAUGAAGUUCGACAGCUAUGCGCGCUUCGUCAAGUCUCCACUGUACCGGGAGUGCCUUCUGGCGGAGGCCGAGGGGCGCCCCCUGCAGGAACCUGGCUCCUCGCGCCUCGGCAGCCCUGACGCCACGAGGAAGAAGCCCAAGCUGAAGGCUGGAAAGUCGCUGCCGCUGGGCGUGGAGGAGUUGGGGCAGUUGCCGCCUGCUGAGGGCCCUGGGGGCCGCUCGCUCCGCAAGUCCUUCCGCAAGGAACUGGCGGGCGGGGCGGCCAACUCGACCUUGCGCAGAGAGUCCCAGGGCUCCCUCAACUCCUCCGCCAGUCUGGACCUCGGCUUCCUUGCCUUCGCCAGCAGCAAAUCUGAGAGCCACCGGAAGAGCCUUGGGAGCUCAGAAGGCGAGAGUGAAAGCCGGCCAGGGAAGUACUGCUGCGUGUACCUGCCCGAUGGCACUGCCUCCUUGGCCCUGGCCCGACCCGGCCUCACCAUCCGUGCCAUGCUGGCAGGCAUCUGUGAGAAACGAGGCCUCUCUCUACCUGACAUCAAGGUCUACCUGGUCGGCAACGAGCAGAAGGCCCUGGUCCUGGAUCAGGACUGCACCGUGCUGGCGGACCAGGAAGUGCGGCUGGAGAACAGAAUCACCUUCGAGCUCGAGUUGGCGGCGCUGGAGCGCGUGGUGCGGAUCUCGGCCAAGCCCACCAAGCGGCUGCAGGAGGCGCUGCAGCCGGUCCUGGCGAAGCACGGCCUGAGCCCGCAACAGGUGGCGCUGCGCCAGCCAGGCGAGCAGCAGCCGCUGGAUCUGGAGAAGCUAGUGAGCUCGGUGGCGGCCCAGAGACUGGUUUUGGACGCUCUCCCAGGUGUGAAGAUCUCCGACGCCGGUGACAAAUCCCCCUGCCGCAGCCGGGGCCAUCAGCCUAGAAGCCAAGAUAAGGCCGCCCAUCUCCCCCCACCAUCCCUCAACUCGCUGGCCGACGGGCCCAGUAGUGUCACUGGGAAGAGGCAGACCUGUGACAUUGAAGGCCUGGUGGAACUGCUGAAUCGAGUGCAGAGCAGUGGGGCCCAUGACCAGAGAGGCCUUCUGCGCAAAGAGGACCUGGUACUUCCAGAAUUUCUGCAGCUACCUGCCCAAAGGCCCAACUCCCAGGAGGCCCCGCCACAGACUGAAUCAGCAGCCCAGCCCACAGGGGGCCCCUCAGACUCCACUGCCCACUCUGCCCUCUGACAGCUGCCCAACAAUCCAGGCCGGCUGCAUGGCACCUGGUGGGCCAAGCAUGCCAUGGGCCCACUCUGCAUGCCCUAUCUGUGCCAUGAGUGUCCCUGGCCCUUCCUGCCACGGGCAGGCCCUCAGGAAGAGCCGGGAUGGGGUGGAGAGGAGCUCAGAGGAGCCACACCCCACAGCUCCCACCACAUGGUCCCUCACAGGCUCACCCACCCAUCCCUUGCAGCCAGGCCACUGGGGGGAGGUGCGCCUAGCCCCCCAGGUGCAGGUGUGCUCAACACGGAGGGGUGGCGUUGGCAGUGCCAGCCUCCCCACCCUGUGCCAAGCCUCCUCCAGCAGGGAACAGGAGGAGGGGCCGGCCCCUCCUCAAGGAGCUAGUAAGAGUAAGGCCUGAGGGUGUGGGCAGGCAGUCCCCCCCACCCACUAGACUCUUCUGGACAUAUUGAUUUGGCAGUUGGCUUGGGGCAGCUGGGUUUGUCCUGGAUGUAUGAUAUUGUUAUUAUAAUUAUUAUUAUUAUUCUGC